GGGAGAGAGAGGCAGAUUUGCAGAGGGAAAGAUUCAUUCGACCUCGGCCGUUCUUUAGGAAUAAACACUUACAAGACGAGCAGGACACAAGUAAGGUUCUCUGAGUCCAGUAUGGAUAUUUCGGGAAUCCCGAGUCCGCCGUACACCCAAGCCCCAAAUCCACCCUCACCCAUCCCUCCUCCACCCUAUCCGGGCAUCAGAGCUAAUGGACUGGUAAACGGUCAACCUGAUAAGUCAUUCCUUAGGGCUCAGAUGGAAGUGGACUUGCUAAAUCAUUGUUUUGAUGAUAUCGAAUCAUUCAUCGGAAAGCUGCAGCAGUCAGUAGAGGCUCAGAUUAUCCUCGACCAAAGAAGCAAAAAGAAGAAGAAAAGCCAGAAGAAAAGUGCAGACGAGGAUCUUCUCACGGCUAAAGCCAAACCGCCUUCUGAGAAAGAGUUUCUCGACGCUUUUCAGAAAUUCAAAUACAGCUUCAGUCUGUUGGCACGGUUAAAAUUUGCCAUCUCCAAUCCGACCUCAGAGGAGCUCGUGCAUCACAUCUUCAAACCGCUCGAAAUGAUGGUGAAGGCUACAGGAGGUCCUGGUUUCGCUGCGUCCGUGUCCAGCCCGGCUAUGACACAAGGAGCCGUGACUCUGCUACAGAACAACCUGACGGCACAGGACAAUGCAUUGUGGAUCUCUUUAGGGCCCAACUGGACACAACAUAGAUCUGCUCUGCGAAGUCCCGUGGCGCCGUACACACUCGUGUUUCAGGACGGAUGGAGACCGCCGGGGUCCGAUACCGCCGGAUGGGUCGAUCCUGUGGAGUUAGAACACAGACAAGACGCUGAGCUCUCAAAAGUAGAGCUGACUCCGUCUCACGCGUCUGACCGUCACACUGCAGACGAGCCUGAUGGCGGAGUUAAAGAGCGCUUAUAUCGCUGCAGUUAUGAUUUUGUUGCACGGAACAACAGUGAGCUGUCUGUACUUCAAGGAGAGACACUAGAGGUGAUCGAGUCAUCUAAGCGCUGGUGGAAGUGUCGUAACAAGUUUAAUGAAGUGGGAUUCGUGCCGUUUAACAUCCUGGAGCCGGUGACACACAUCGACAACCCUGUGCUUCAGAAAACUCCAAAGCCUCCCUCUGCUCCACCGAUGUUCAACAGCCUGCGCAGCCCGUCCGCCGUGACCUCUGACCCCAGCGCCGCUCGGCCGCGCAGCAUGAUCCUCGGGUCACUGUCUGACGACACGGAGAAAGUGAUGCAGGUGAAUGACGAGCUGCUGCACCGUUUGACCAGCGGGAAGAAUCUGUCUCCUCGUCUGGUGAUUCCUCGUUCAGCAGAGACGUCUGUCCCGCUGGACUACAACUCCCCGCCCGCAGAGGUGGAGAACUGGCUGGGCAAGAAAGGCUUCAGUGAACCGACUGUACAGUGUCUGCGGGUUCUGAACGGAGCUCAGCUGUUCUCUCUGAAUAAAGAAGAGCUGCGCGCUGUUAUUCCUGAAGAGGGCGCUAGAGUCUACAGUCAGCUGACGGUCCAGAGAGCCCAGAUAGAGGACGCUCGCAGAGCCACAGAGCUGGAGACGGUGAUGGAGAAGCAGAAGAUGAAGGUGGAUUUGAAAAUGGAGAGUGGAACUUUAUGAAGAUCUAUUGAAUGUGCACAUGGAUACUCUUCUCUUAACACCCUCUGUCUGUAUCAUACACAUGCAGAAGAUCAUUUACGCUAUUGUAAACUGCUUUAAGGAUUGUUUUGUUUUCCUAUUUAGUUUUACAGCAUGAAAUGAGAAUGUAAAUCUGCACAAUGUUGUACAAAUGUCUAAAUUCUCUAUAUGGGUUAACAUAUUCUCAAUAAAUACAUUUAAUGCACA